AGGAGAGACUUAGCCAGAUGGAGGAUCACCAAAAGGCAGUUGGGAGUCAAUUAGAAACUCAGAUCAACUUGGCAAAGGAUCAGAAAUCCCAUCUGGAAGCCUUAAAUAAAUCCAUACCAGAAAGGCUGAUCCAGAUGGAGGAACAGCUAACAUCAUUACAGAAAACGUUAACGUUAAUUCCAGAGGACUUCGAAAGCAGACUGGAAACGAUAGAAACAAAUACGAAGGAUAUUCUGAGCAAGAUGGAGAUUCAACAAGUCAAAAAAAUUUUGGACACUCUCAAAAAUCAACUAUUUACAAAGCAAUUAAUCGCAUUGCAAAAUCAACAGGCGGACAUCCAGAAGUCAUUGGGAUCACAACUGGAAACACAGAGCAAUCUGGAAAAGGAUCAGAGGUCCCUAAUGGAAACUAUAAAGAAUAUUAUCCCCAAACACUUUACGGAGAGACUGGCCAAGAUGGAAGAACAGCAAACAUCCUUCCAGGAAACAUUUAAGAAAAUUCCAGAGGACUUUGAGGGCAGUUUGCAAACGUUGGAAAAUAAUCAGAAGACUGUGCAGACUCAACAGGCCGCACUUGUGGACACUCUUUCCCAAAUUUAUGACAAAAUCUUCUGGCCAAAGUUUGAGCGAAUCGGCUCUAGACUCUUCUUUAUCGAUCGGGAAAAGGUGUACACUUGGGAAGGAGCCGUGAGCGCCUGCCGCGAAAUGGGUGGCUAUUUGGCAUCCAUUAAGGACCAAGAGGAACUGGACGCCAUAAAGGCGAAGCUGUAUGACAAGCACUACUGGUUGGGCAUCAACGAUCGGAACACAUGGAAUGAAUACAUUUCAGUGGCAUCCGGAAAGAAAGCUCAAUUUUUGAAGUGGAAAUGGGGGGAACCCAAUCACUCUGAAUUCGAAGAGCGCUGCGUCGAACUGUUCAAUGGCGAAAUGAACGAUGAUAGGUGUCACAAAGGGAAAUUUAUGAUUUGCCAAACUAACUUUGAUUUUUAGUUUUAAGAAAAUCGUAGUCAGUGCUAUUUUUUGUAGAAUUUAAACAAAUA